UCAGAAAAUUGAUGGGUGCUCCCAAGCAAAAGUGGACAGCAGAAGAGGAAGCUGCUUUAAAAGCUGGAAUAGCUAAACAUGGUUUGGGGAAAUGGAGCACGAUUAUCAAAGACCCUGAGUUUUAUACUGCACUGCAUUUGCGUUCAAAUGUAGACCUGAAGGAUAAAUGGAGGAAUAUGAAUGCUGUGUCAAGUGGGUCAUCGAGGCAGAAGUGCAAGCCUAUAGCUAGUAAUACUGAAGUGUCUCCUAUGGUUUGUGAUGAGUCUAGGAUUCUUAGCACUGUUGUAUCUGGUGAUGAAACAAUUCGUGACAUCAAACCUCUUGCGACAAUUAGCGAAGAUGUUUUCAGAAGUAGUUCUAAGAGAUUAAUCUCAAGGUUGGAAGAUCAUAUUUUGGAGGCUAUAACCAAUUUGAAGGAACCUCAUGGUUCAAACCGGGGUGCAAUCGCUGCAUAUAUAGAGGAACAAUACGCAGCCCCUCAAAACUUCAAAAAGUUGUUGGCUGCAAACUUGAAGCGCUUGACAGACCAUGGGAAAUUGAUUAAGGUCAAACAUCAGUACAGGAUUGCACCAUCUUCAGCAACUCUUGAUGUAAAAAAGAAUGAUUUCCAGUUGCUGCUGGAAGGCAGGAAGGAUGAUCUGAUACCAAAGACAAAUGAGACUAUCAGUCCUACUUCGCCAUUGCUGGAUGGAAUAAAAUGUCCUUCAAAGGCAGGAAGGAAUGACCAAAUCAUUACUUCAUUGCUGCCGAAUGAACAGAAGCCAGAUUACGGGAUACCAGAAAAGACUCCCUGUGAAGUUCUCACAAGUGCUGACAUUGAUGCAGAGUUGAGAAAGAUGAUAUGUAUGACUCCAGAGGAGGCCGAAUAUGUGGCUUUACAAGCUGUUAAAGAAGCUGAAGCAGCUAUAGCUGCGGCUGAACAAGCAGCAAAAGAAGCAGAGGAGGCAGAACACGAAGCAGAGGCGGCACAAGCUUUUGCAGAAGCAUCACGUCUGGCUUGGAAGCGUAGAAAAAUUCGAUGGUGAAGUCGGGAGAAAUUCUCAUCUGGUAUUGUCAGUUUGGUUUCUACCAUGAUAGGUAGAAUCUGUUUACCCUUUUGUUAAUAUACUAAGAUACUCACUAACUUCAGAAAUAUGUCGAGGGCAGGUCUUGAAAGGUUAAGGUAUAUCAGCCCAAAGGUUUGGCUUUGAUCUAGUACUGCAGUAUACUGAUAUAAACUGCAAUAAUUAAUCUUUAAUCCAGUUUGUGAAAAAUUAGAGUUCGAGUUUGGCAUCAAAUGUUAGAAUAUUAUUGCAUUAAUGUAUUUUCUUGAUAGAAAAGUUGUGUUGUGUUCCAAUAGUUUUUUUACUAUGC